AUGGCCAAGAGGCUGCUGGUGGCCUACGGGCUGUGGGCACUGGGGGGGCCGCUGGGGCUGCACCACCUCUACCUGGGCAGGGACAGCCACGCACUGCUCUGGAUGCUGACCCUGGGCGGCUUCGGCGGUGCCUGGCUCUGGGAUUUCUGGCACCUCCCAGGCUGGGUGGCCGCUGCCAACGGGACUGCGGUGCCCAACGACCACACCGGCACUGUGCCAGCCUUCAGCCCCCUGCGCCUGGCAGGGCAGGUGGCAGUGGGGAUGUAUUUCGGCUUGGUGGCAGCGCUGGGGCUGCCCUGGGUGCCGGCGCUGUUGGCACAGCCCCUGGCUGUGGGGCUGGGGGUGCUGCUGGUCUCCUGGGUGGGCAACCAGAUGACAGAGGCCCCCAGCACCCUGGCAGCAUCCUUCCUCACCUCCCUCCUCUUGAAGGGCAGGGUGCUGGCACUGCUGCCCGUCAGCGUGGCUGCCAGCAUGGCUGCCCAGCGCCACCGGUGCUACAAACCCCGUGGGAUGCCACGGCCGGGGCUGCCCACCCGCCUCUACCACCUGGGGCUGGCAUGCCUGGCGUUCACCACCCCGCUGGCCUGCCGUGGGUUCUGUGGCGCCGCCGGGGUGCUGGGCACCCUCCUGACCCUGCCCCGUGCUGCCAUCGAGCUCCUGCUUCUGCCCCUCCGUCCCAUCUGGCUCCUGGCAGAAGUGCUGGGCUUCACCAGCACCAAUCCAGCACGGAAGAGCGGUGCCAGCUUCCAACAGAGCAGCUGGAGCAGGAGGCAGCAGUGGGCAUAUGAGGUCCUGGGUCUCCCUUCUGGCUCUGCCACCGAGGACGUGCACCGGAGCUACCGGGAGCUGGUGAAGCUUUGGCACCCGGACCACAACCGGCACCGGGCUGAGGAGGCUGAGAGACGAUUCAUAGAGCUGCAGGAGGCCUACGAGGAACUGGCAGGACCCAGGAGGGCUGCUGGGGGGUGA